AUGCGCUCUCAAAUCCUCGUCCUCGCCCUCUGCGCCAUCUUCAGCUUCGCUGCACCUUCUCCUGCGGAGAAUGAAAUCGCGGCCAGAGGAUGCCCUGGUGGCGGACCCGGCAAUGCCUGCCCCGAGGGAUUGUUCCAGAAGAAGAAGGGGGAUACUACGAGUCUGUCAGCGCCGAUUAUAGUCGUUUCAAGAGUCGACAAAAGGAGGAAUCUGGUGUAG